CCGUCCACCCGUACCUACGUACCACUUAAACACUAGGUCCUCAACCGCUCUCUUUGUUUUAAUGUAUUUCUCAUGUUUGUUUUUGUUUUACAGUGGAUUCAUACUAAUUACAUUAUACAGAUGAUAUCGAUUUCAUUUGAGAGCCUGGCAGUCGGUUGACGUCUAAAGCGUGUGGAUUCUUCGGCCACUGACUUGUCAAUUCGGAGCUGUUUUGGCUAUGUGGCGCAGUAAGAUGGCUGCCAGCGACAGGAGCGCAGAUGGCGUGGACCAUAUCCUGGAGCCGCUGUGUUUCCCAGAGCAGCCUAAUCCUCCUCAUCCGGGCGAUCCCGGCGAUCCGGACUCUCACCGUCCCAGUUCAUGUCGCGGCGGAGCAGAGACGCUGUCGUGUCUCUUCUGCCCGGAGACGCUGCCUGCGACGCAGGAGGACGUCCUCCUCAAACAUCUCCUGCUGCAGCACAACUUGGUCAUUGCUGAUGUCAAACUCGUCGCAGACCUUCCAAAGUAUCUGCUGUACUGGAAAGGUCGCUUCUUGGAACAGCCCAUCACUGAUUUCUGCAGUGAGAUCAAGACCAACUCCACCGGGCCUGUGGAAAAACAGGAGCGUUACUUCCUGCUGUGCGACGUCCUUCCCGAAGACCGCGCCCUGCGAGAGAAGCUCCAGCAAAAGCGUCUGGAGGAGGCGCUGGAGCAGCAGCAGAAGGAGCGAGACGACCGCGGCUUCCGUCGCGUGUGCAUGUUCUGCAAUGACGAGUUCGCCGGGAACAGGGCCGACCUUCUGAACCACAUGGCUCGCGAGCACGCGUUCAGCGUCGGGCUUCCCGACAACAUCGUCUACUGUGACGAGCUCCUGGACACGCUGCAGAGCAAAGUGGACAACCUGCAGUGUUUGUACUGCGAGAAGACAUUCAAGGACAAAAUGACGCUAAAGGAUCACAUGAGGAAGAAAGCGCACCGCCGCAUCAACCCCAGCAACCGACAAUACGACCGCUUCUACAUCAUCAACUACCUGGAACUGGGGAAGACCUGGGAGGAAGUGCAGAGAGAGGACGACCGCGAGCUGCCGGACGACAAAGACGACGACUGGUCCGAGUGGCGCGCUCGUCCCGUCGCGGCCGUCUGCUUGUUCUGUGACCUUCGGCGCGACACCGCGGACGACAUCUACGCUCACAUGAAGAAAGUUCACGACUUCGAUCUGCAGCAUCUGAGGGCCGAGCUCAACCUGAGCUUCUACCAACAGGUGAAGCUGGUCAACUUCAUCCGGCGGCAGAUCCAUCAGAACCGCUGCCACGCCUGCCGGGACCAGUUCCGCUGCCGGGGCGACGUCCUGACGCAUCUGCGGGAGCGCCGGCACGCCACGACGCUGCCGCCCGCCGCCGCUUGGAACCAACCGCAAUACUACUUCCCCACCUACGAGAACGACGCCCUGCUGUGCGCGCUGCCCGACAGCGACAGCGAGGAGAGCGACGCCGGGCGAUCGGCAGGAGACCGCGUCCCUGUCGUCGGCGAGCAGAACCCGCUGGAAAACGCCACAUGACGCUCACGCGCACCUUCCGGCGCCACGACAGACGUGGCUCUUUGAUGACAUCAUCACGUCUCAAUCAAUAAAUGGAUUGAUAUUUGUCUCAUAA